AAGAAAUAAUAAAUAUUAAAAAUAAAGUUGCUUUACAUGCCAAGUCACUCAUCAAUAUUACUUUCAUAUUGCGGGUUAUGAGCUGUAAUAAUUUAGCCAUUUUAGGCGCAUUUCAUUUCAAAACAACUGUCCCAUGUCUGCAGUUUCAGCUCUUCAGUUUAAAAAUUAGCUGAUUUGGCAUUUUAAACACAGUUCUACAGAAUCUAAAUACCAUAUUGCCGAGUCAUUAAGUGUUCAUUUUGCUUUGGAACUCAAUACCCUCCUGCUUUGAAAGUCUCAAUCUGCAUGAAAUCUUUACAUUAGUGUAAACUGAAUGUUUUUUUCUUUACCAGGAUGUAGUUUUAGCAUGCGGUUGUUCAGGAGCUUUGGAGCUUGCUCUUGAUGUUCUGCUCAAUCCAGGUGACAACGUUCUCCUGCCCAAACCAGGCUUCUCUAUCUACCAGACACUGAGCAUAUCAAGAGGUCAUGAAGUUAGACACUAUAACUUAAUGGUAAGAAAUGAUGUUGUCAGGCUCUCUUCUAACCUUAGUCAGGGCAUCUGUAGACAUAAUUAUGGUUAUGAAGACAGGUGACUGGCAAAGUCCAAUUUACUGUAGAAAAUCAUUAAGUGCUGGCUAGUAACCACCUAAAAAACCAGCUACUUUGAGGUCUGAGCACUACAACUACAGCUACAGCACUUAACCGCCAAUCCACCUACUUUUACCUUCAAAACUUAAUGAGAACCCUGGAAAAUUAGCAGUGGGAAAAAUUUGCUAGUCACUUCUAAUAGAAUGUGAUUCUAAAAUGUAACAGUAUGCUCAGACUCAUUAAGUCCAGUCAUCUCUACAGCUCAAGAAUAAGGGUACCGGCCCUUUCAGCACUAGGGGUUCUGGAUAAUAAUUUAUGAUUACAAGAUAAAAAGAUAACCAUUGUUAUGAAAAACAAAACAUAAAAAGUUUAUAAAAAAAUUGUUAGUUUAGUCCCAUUGGAUUCAUAUAUUCAUUUUGCCAAUAACCAUUAAAAGACAUUUUACAAUAUACAUUUAUAUAUACAUUAAAGGAGAUUUAUACACACUAUUCUAUUUACAAAUCUUCAAAAUGGUAAUGGCAAGGAAACCUAUAGCAAACCUGGGGAAUGGGAUAGUUCAUUCUAUUUCUGGGUUGCUGCAGAAUUAUUCAUAUUAGACACCUAUGAAAGGAAAAUGAAUACUAAUAGCCCAACAGGUUUUGUUAGAAGAACGUUUUGGCAAAUUAUAUGAUGAAGACUUACUAACAAUAAUGGCACAUGUGUUUUAGCCUGACAGGUCUUGGGAGGUUGACCUUGAUCACCUUGAAUCCCUGAUUGAUGAUCGAACCAAAGCAAUCGUUGUGAACAAUCCUUCUAACCCUUGUGGCUCAGUGUACUCUAAGGAACACUUAGAGGCUAUCCUGGAAGGUACAUAUAAAAAGCAUGUAUUAAACUGCAUGAGAAUAAACAAGUGGCUUGGCUUCUGCAUUAAAGUGUUAAGCCCUGUGCAAACAGACACAACAUUGUUGGCCAGCAACUCCCAGCAUUGUUGGGAGUUGUUCCGUCCAUUUGCACGUAGCUAAAAGUUUCACCGGUUUCAAACUUAGUGCAACAGCUCCCAACAACACACUGCAAACAACAUGCAACAGGGUGUGCAAACAGACAAAACACGUAACAACCAACAACGUUGGCAGUUGUUGGCCAACAAUCUUGUGUUUGUUUGCACGUAGCAUUAACCACAAAAUAAAUAGAUUUAACUGUCAUUAAUAGUUAUAUGAAAAUGCCUUUGGAGUGUUAGCAGCAGCGCUGAUUGGGCCAACACAAGGAAAUUGAAAUAAAAAAUUAUGAUGUCUAAGGUAUGCAGAUAGUUCGAGUAAAACCCAUGACCACUUGAUUAAAUCUAGCCUGCAGCGCAAGAGCAGGCAUUUGUUUUUACAAAAACUCAGAGGUACAUUGAUCGCAGCUGCCAUCUCAUAAGCAAUUGAAAAACUGACAACCUCUCCCUUGGAAUCAUUUUUUUUCCUUGUCCCAACUCUCUGUCAAGGGAGAACAUUAACAGUAAGUUGUUGUUUGCACUGCAAAAUAUGCCUGCUUUGCGGUACGCAAGUCAGGAGUNGUGUUAGCAGCAGUGCUGAUUGGGCCAACACAAGGAAAUUGAAAUAAAAAAUUAUGAUGUCUAAGGUAUGCAGAUAGUUCGAGUAAAACCCAUGACCACUUGAUUAAAUCUAGCCUGCAGCGCAAGAGCAGGCAUUUGUUUUUACAAAAACUCAGAGGUACAUUGAUCGCAGCUGCCAUCUCAUAAGCAAUUGAAAAACUGACAACCUCUCCCUUGGAAUCAUUUUUUUUCCUUGUCCCAACUCUCUGUCAAGGGAGAACAUUAACAGUAAGUUGUUGUUUGCACUGCAAAAUAUGCCUGCUUUGCGGUACGCAAGUCAGGAGUAAAUCAAUGUUGCUGUAUUGAUCGAGCUGAUACUGUACUAUGCACUGUGAUGGUAAAUUAAACUGGAAGUGAAAAUUAAUCUGCUCUCUUGAUAAUAGACGCCAAGUUAUUAAGAUAAAGUAAUUAGGUUCCACUGUGUCAUUUGCUCUCCAGCAAGGUGUUUUUGUACCAUGUGACUCCUUAUAGCUGCAAAGGGCUCAUGGCCUAGUUGUCCAUUAGUUUGUGACUAAAAGAGUAGUUGGUUGACUGAUAUGAAUUAACCUGGCUUUGUGGAAAAAUGUUCAACCAAACUCAACUCAGAUGACUUCAUGCUAUUUAUACUGCUGAGUCUUGAUCCUAAUCAGUGUGUCUGUUGUUUCCUAGUGGCUGAGCGAUACAUGCUUCCUAUUAUUAGUGAUGAGGUUUAUGAGUAUGCUGUAAGUACUGUAGGUACAAUGUUAUUUUAUGCAUGCAGAUACAAACAGUUAAAGCUUUCAAAUUCAGACCACACAAUUAUAAUUAAGGAAACGGCCACUUUGAAGGUCCAGUAAUUGGGUAUUUUUAUAAACCCCUCAGACUCAAAUGCAAGCUAGUAUAUCCCUGUUAGCCAGUUGUAAAAAUAAUUUUGAAAUUUUGCACCAGUGUAAAACCAAAUCAUAUGUCUUUUUUAAAGGUAUUUCCUGGACACAAGUUCUAUCCUCUUGCACAGUUGUCAGAGAAUGUUCCCAUUCUAACUUGUGGAGGAAUUUCCAAAAGGUAACCAAACCUGACAUCUUCCACCAUGAAAAUCCAGAAUUGGAGAUAAAAAGGAAAAAGAAAAUGCACUUCAUUUAGAUGAAAGUGUACUGGGGAUACUGUUUUUAUAUCUCCUACUUGAAGACGGGACCACUACAUUAAGUGGUCAUAAUUUUGUCGAAGCCAGGCGAAGUAGCUAAUUAUUUUCUACUGCAAAGGCACUACAUUCUUCUCCAAUAUUAUUAUUAUCAGACCCUGAGUUUUGUGCCCCUACCUGGUCCAUGGAACAGAACCGGUGACCUCCUGCAGCUGCUCUCCAGCGAUCUACACUAUACUGACUGAGCUUACAGUAUAUCCUGCCACAGUCAAAAAGUAAAGAACUUGAAAAUUUGUUUUUUACAAGUUUGAAAUAAUUGGUUGACACUUACUGUUUUAGAUACCUUGUUCCUGGCUGGAGACUUGGUUGGGUUCUCAUCUACGACAAAAAUCAAGCAUUUGAAAGUGAGGUAUGGUUAAAAAAGUUAAAAUUGUCGACACUCAUCAAAUAUGGCACACACAGUUCCACAGAUCUGUAUAAACAUCCCUCUCAAUCUUGCUGUCUAUUUUUUUGAAAAGUGCUGAGAGAGAGAAUAGCGAUCUGUCUCAUUUUGAAAUCUCUAUAACUGUUUGUAAUAGGUGAAGCCAGGGUUAAUAGCCCUAUCACAGCAAAUAUUGGGUCCUAAUACUCUUGUCCAAGGUGCUCUGCCAGCGAUUUUAGCAAACACACCAUCAAGCUUCUUUGAAAAUACCAUGCAAGUCAUUCAGGUUAGUACUAAAGUACACAUUUUAACCCAGUGUAAGUCGGGGAGGCUCUACCCAGAGCCCAGGGGGGUACUCUGAAUUUCAAGUGACAGGCCAGGGAUGAUCAAAAGGGGAAAAAAUUAAAACCCCCAAAAAAUCCAUUGGGCUUCAACCAAGACCUCAAAAAAUCCCUAGACCAAAACAUUAUUACCCAUGCUUAAUUUCCAAGUCGUAAAAAUUGCCAAAAAGCAUUGAAUGAUAUAACAUGAAAAAUGGAAAAAAUUAGUUUUGAAUACCCAAAUAAGAUCUGUACUUAAAUAAAGCUACCCAAAAAGAAUCCCAAAAUCGAACAUUUGAAACCCAAAAAAAAUCCUUCGACCAUCCCUGUCACUUGAAAUCCGGAGUACCUCCUUGGGGUCGCGAGGUCCAAUGAACCCCUUAACAUUUUAUGUAUCGUCUUUGACGGAAAAAGCACCCCUUUCGUCUACCUAGCUUCCAUUGACAAAUAUUACCCCUUUCACGUACCUAGUCUAGAACUUUGCAUCUCUUUUAACUGCUGUAAAUACACAGGUCUUUUAAAUAUGAAAUAAAUCACAAAACCAGAAAAUUUUCUUGACUUUUUAACAGCCACAAGAUCCUUUUGUAGCCUUUUUAGGUAUUUUACAGACCAGAAUGAGAUUUCCCUACCCUUUUAUAAUAAUUAUUAGGCUUCAACUAGUGAAAUCCCUACUCUUUCAUAUACCCCUGAAGAGGGUACUAAUUUUGGGCAGAGUCUCUCUAUAUAAGCCAUUACGUAUGCUUCCUGGGCUUAGUCCCUGCCAAACAUUAAAAUAAAGUCACCUAUUAUUAACCAGAAUGUUUAUCAGAGAGCACAUGAGAAUAUAGAGAGCAUGCAGAGUUAUCAGACAAGAUGAAUUCUCCUGAUCAUUUGCUAACUUCUCCCAACUGCUUUUCCAGGGGAUCAGACAAAAGAAAAUACAAAAAAUCUUUGUGUUCAUACAUGUACUUCAAGGGUAAAGAGAGAAGUCAAGCCCUAAGUAGCCCUGUUCAAUCCUCAAGCUUCUAAAACUAAAACACAAGCAUCAAAUUAAAGGGGUAUAGGUUUCCCCAAGUCAAUAUUGGUGUUGAGGAAGUAUUAAGGCACAAAAUUUUCUCUAUGAACCAAGUUGAGAUUGAAAAGCCAACAUUUUAAGUGUAAGAGGAAACCCAAGGGCUAGCAUGUGCAAAUAGUUUUUUCAAUCUUUUUAUGAUGGUCAAUUGACUUUUAAUAAGUAAGUUGAUUUAAAGAAUAACCAAAGUUUUGUACACACCAUCAGGCAGCAUUAGCUAUCACAUUAAAAAGCAUGUAAAUUUUAAGAAACGUAAAAAAAAGCUCAACUUACACAACUCCUCAUGUGUGGAGCAAAAGACAUUAGACACGACAGCUGAUACAGUACUAACUUAUCACUAUGUCACUACUAAUUUGAUAUAUAGCUUCAUAUGCAGCCAGCAUGAGUAAACUGCUAAACUUUAGAUUUGUUUUACUAAUAUUUGUUACAAUUUCUUACAGAAAAAUGCUGAAAUAUGUUAUGAGGCGCUCCUUAGAAUUCCCGAACUCAAGCCCAUAAUGCCUUGUGGAGCAAUGUACAUGAUGGUGAGUUACAAAUAAUUGGGAAGGAUUAGGGUGUUUCAUUUGAAUAUUUUUCAUCCGAAGUGUAACACUGUACAAUACUUUUAAGAUGGAACCCAGUGCUUACAACUUACACAACACGCCCCCUUUGUAACAUUGCGAUUUCUCAUUAAUUAAACCUACAGUUGUGAGGAAUAAAUUUUUAGCUUUCAAUAUCAAACUCCAUGUUUCAGGUUGGUAUUGAUAUCCCCAAGUUGGAUGGCAUUUUGGAUGACCUUGAUUUCACAGAAAAGCUAAUAUCAGAACAGUCUGUAUUUUGCCUUCCUGGAAAGGUAAUUUAAUGAUAAUUUAUGUCUUUUUUACAUUUACUUACAAAAUUUGUAAGGUAUGAUUUAAGGGCCUAAUUAAAACUCAUGUCAGGUUGCAUUAAUAAGCACUGCAUUGUGUAAAACAGACAUUGUGUCUUGUAUCGUAGAUCAGUUACGCAAAUUACUUAAAAAUAAACAGUCCAUGUCAACAACAAUCCAAAUUAAUGUCAAUAAAUAGCCAAAAAAAUCCCUUUUCGUCAGUGGAAUAAAAAAAAAACUAAAACUUUAAGCUAGUCAAGNUGAACCAAGUUGAGAUUGAAAAGCCAACAUUUUAAGUGUAAGAGGAAACCCAAGGGCUAGCAUGUGCAAAUAGUUUUUUCAAUCUUUUUAUGAUGGUCAAUUGACUUUUAAUAAGUAAGUUGAUUUAAAGAAUAACCAAAGUUUUGUACACACCAUCAGGCAGCAUUAGCUAUCACAUUAAAAAGCAUGUAAAUUUUAAGAAACGUAAAAAAAAGCUCAACUUACACAACUCCUCAUGUGUGGAGCAAAAGACAUUAGACACGACAGCUGAUACAGUACUAACUUAUCACUAUGUCACUACUAAUUUGAUAUAUAGCUUCAUAUGCAGCCAGCAUGAGUAAACUGCUAAACUUUAGAUUUGUUUUACUAAUAUUUGUUACAAUUUCUUACAGAAAAAUGCUGAAAUAUGUUAUGAGGCGCUCCUUAGAAUUCCCGAACUCAAGCCCAUAAUGCCUUGUGGAGCAAUGUACAUGAUGGUGAGUUACAAAUAAUUGGGAAGGAUUAGGGUGUUUCAUUUGAAUAUUUUUCAUCCGAAGUGUAACACUGUACAAUACUUUUAAGAUGGAACCCAGUGCUUACAACUUACACAACACGCCCCCUUUGUAACAUUGCGAUUUCUCAUUAAUUAAACCUACAGUUGUGAGGAAUAAAUUUUUAGCUUUCAAUAUCAAACUCCAUGUUUCAGGUUGGUAUUGAUAUCCCCAAGUUGGAUGGCAUUUUGGAUGACCUUGAUUUCACAGAAAAGCUAAUAUCAGAACAGUCUGUAUUUUGCCUUCCUGGAAAGGUAAUUUAAUGAUAAUUUAUGUCUUUUUUACAUUUACUUACAAAAUUUGUAAGGUAUGAUUUAAGGGCCUAAUUAAAACUCAUGUCAGGUUGCAUUAAUAAGCACUGCAUUGUGUAAAACAGACAUUGUGUCUUGUAUCGUAGAUCAGUUACGCAAAUUACUUAAAAAUAAACAGUCCAUGUCAACAACAAUCCAAAUUAAUGUCAAUAAAUAGCCAAAAAAAUCCCUUUUCGUCAGUGGAAUAAAAAAAAAACUAAAACUUUAAGCUAGUCAAGGGGGCAGUCACAUUUGUUGCUUACAACAGUCUAAAACAACCCUAGGAUGUCAAUCUUCCAAGAAAGCAGCAGAAGCUAACAGUUUAUCACAAAAUCACUUAUCACAGAACAAGACAUAAAACAAUACAAAUUUUAAAAAAAUGAAGUUCAUCCAAAAUACAUGAGCAUCUGAAUGUAGCAAGAAACAUACAGUUGAAACUCCAUGUGCGACCACUUCUCGUAGGUAGCCACACCUAUCCAAAACUCCAAAAUUUUCCCAGUAAAAGCCUUGAGUGGUAAUGAAACCUAACUUGCAAGUAUAUACUAGCUAUGCUAGUAAGAGUAUGCAAAGAACUUUUAUAAGUGACAACAUGAAACAAAUUAAAGCAAGUCAUAUCACAGGGUGCAAAGAAAGUCAUUUUUUACUGCUUGCCAUUCGGCCAAGCUGAAGCUAGCAUUUACUAGCCCAAACGUCAUUUCAGCUAGCCCCCCCAAAUUUUUGAUGAGCAGAAAUGAUUUCACAGUUGUUCUGUAAGUUGAAUUCCUCAAAAUACUUCACUUGCCUGUCAGGCAAGUUGAGAACAGAAUUUACUUGCCCGAUAGCAAAAUCCACUAGCCCUGGACUACUUGCUUUGCAUGCUGUAUCAUGUGUAUUAUCUUAUAUUCUUUGCCAAAAAGAUGUCGGAACCAGUGGCAGAAAUAAGGGGGUGGAGGCCCCCCGGCCCCUCCUAUGGAUCUGCCACUGGGAACCUCUUCUCUAAAGACUCCUGUAGGUUGAUCCUCUUAAAAGAUCACUUCCUGGUGAGCGAACUCUAAAUGUUCACUUUAAGGGAGGUUCCACUGUAAUAUUCCUUUUCUCUGCUUGAUAUUAAAAAUAUAUUUAAUCAAAAUAAGUUGUACUCACUCAGCCCAAAGUUUCACAUUUGUGUGAUAAGUUGAUCCACUAAUACAAGCUCUGAUGCUGUGUCUGUUUUAGUGCUUUCAGUAUCCCAACUUCUUCCGCAUUGUCCUCACAGUACCUGAAGCUAUGACAGAGAUGGCUUGCAAGAGAAUAAAUGACUUCUGCAAAAACCACAGGAAGAGUGAUGCUUGA